GUUGGCUAUAAGAAUUGAGUGCGUGGCCACUGUCCAACUCUCUUUCUCUCUCUCAGUAGUCUAUUCAGCGUGAAAAAAAACUUCACAAAGAAAGAAAGAAAAGACAGAGAGAUACGCAUGCAGUUUCCAUGGACGCGCGGCACAAUCAGUCAUUGCUUAUGAGAUGUAUAAUGUAGUGAUUAAUUUGAAGCCAGUGUAUAACUGGAUACUAUGCAAAACCGAGCGAAUUAAAAUUCAAAAGUAAUGCUUGACGGCGCGCUUGCGUCGGAGAGUGUCGCGCAACGCCGUACACGUGGCGCACCCCCGUCUACCUCUGGCUGUGUAAGGCGAGCGGUAAACGUACACGUCCACGAUAGUGCCGUACACAGUGAACAUUAAACCGUAUCACAAGCACAUAUACACUGUGUCCAGUGAAUUUCCAUCUGUUUGCGUAACAACCUAGCAGCCCAGGAAUUCUACUCUUCGUGGGUUACUCAUGAGACAAGUAUAAGCUCGCUAAAAUGAGGUGGUUGACGAUAACGCUCGUGUUAGCCUUCGCAUCCAAAGAUGCAUACUCCUAUUUUAUCACCGUCGAUGCCCACGCUGAGGAAUGCUUCUUCGACAAAGUCGAUUUCGGCACCAAGAUGGGCCUUACUUUUGAAAUUGCCGAAGGAGGAUUUUUGGAUAUUGAUGUUAGAAUAGUUGCUCCUGACGGCAAGGUCAUGUACGAUGGUGAACAGGAGAGCAGUGGAAAGUUUACGUUUGCGGCUCAUACGCCAGGAAUUUACACUUAUUGUUUCAGUAAUACUAAGGGUACAAUUACUCCUAAAGUCGUCAUGUUUAAUAUGGAUGUUGGAGAAAGUCCAAAACAAGUUGGUGAUGCAGCAGCAGGUGGUGCUCAAGAAGGAGACAGCUCCAAUGCCAAACUUGACGAUAUGAUCAAGGAGCUUAGUACUAGUUUGUGGAGUGUAAAAAGUGAACAAGAAUAUAUGCAGGUACGCGAUAGAAAUCACAGAGCAAUCAAUGAAAGCACAAACUUUAGAGUUGUUGUAUGGUCAUUUUUUGAAUCUACAGCUUUAGUGUGUAUGACACUAGGACAAGUGUAUUAUUUGAAACGUUUUUUUGAAGUGAGAAGAGUUGUGUGAUGUGAAAUAAACUGUAAACUUAUAUUUAUUGUUCUAACACUAAUUUGUGAGUCAUUAAAAAGUUAAUGAGUAAAUGGAUUUUCCAAUAAUAAAAAAAUUGUAAUUCUUGUAAGAAAGUUUUGCUUUU